UAGUAAAAACGCCCAAGGUGAUGAUACUUCCGCAUGUUGUAAAUCUUUUGUAGUGAACGCGUAGUCAAUGACAUUACCUGAUUUAACUUCUUUAUUAUUAAAUUAGCUGGAUCUUUUAUCAUGAGCACAGAAAAUUCGAAACCAUUACUUGGAAUUAAAGUUUAUAUGUCGAUGUUUGUUACGCGAGUGUUCCUAAAACGCGCAGAAACCCAGCGGAGCUAUCCAAUAAUCUAACUUAAUAUACAUGUUGAAUAAAAAUACCAAAUGUAUUUAUUGAACUCUACACCGAAGAACCAGUGUCUACUCGUUUUACUUUUAUUACCAAUACAAGGUGUGUUUAAUGAAAAAACACAAGAACAGAAGUCUGUAGAUGUGAGUUUAUCAAUGACGGAAGGAGAAAGUGUGACUCUUGAAUCUGGUGUUACUGAAAUACAGAGAAAUGAUCUGAUACUUUGGACAUACGGAGACACUCGAAUAGCUCAGAUGAAUAAAGAGCCUGGCAAGAUCUCAUUAUAUGAUGGAGAUAAUGGGAUGUUUCGAGACAAGCUACAUCUGAAUAAUCAGAACGGAUCUCUUACCAUUACAAACAUCAGUACUGAACACACUGGAGUUUAUAGGCUAGAGAUGAUCAGCAGUGGGGUUUUAUCCAAGACAUUCAGGGUUACCGUCAGUGCUUUUCUGCCCAUUCCUGUCAUUACCAGAGACUCUACACAAAGUCCUUCUUCAGGCUCACAAUGUGUGUUAUUGUGUUCAGUGUUGAAUGUGAGAGACGUGAGUCUGUCCUGGUACAAAGGAAACAGUUUAUUGUCAAGCAUCAGUGCGUCUGAUCUCAACAUCAGACUCUCUCUAUCUCUGGAGGUUGAAUAUCAGGAUACAAACACAUACAGUUGUGUACUCAACAAUCCAUUCAGAAACCAAACUCAACAUCUCAACAUCACUCAACUCUGUCAGAUCAUUACUUCAGCUCAUGGCCUUCACUCAGGUUACAUAGCAUUGAUUUGUGUUUUAUGUGGGAUUGCAUUUGCUGCUGCUGCGGUUGGGAUUUACUGUAAGUGCAAGUCUGGAAAAGCAGUUAAAAAAGCCCAACCUACUGCAGAGGAGCUUGAUAAUUUAACUAAUGGAAGGGAAACGUUGAAUCAGGUGACAAAUGUACAAAACGGACAUCUUAUUCAAGGUGACCAAAUUGCUGAGCCAGACGAUGUGGAAGGAGCAACAUUUAUUCAGGAGACAAAUUUACAAAACAGUUCAUUUCGUUGGAUAGAUGAUGAGCUAGAUGAUGUAGCGGAGAAAACCUCUAACCAGAAAACAAAUUCAAUAAACAGUGUGUAUCCUGAGGAAGAAGAUGAUCGGCUAGAUGAUGAUGUGAUAACAAUGCUAACAGUGAGCGAAAGAGAGUCGGUUACUCUACACACGGGUAUUACUACAGUAAAAGAGGACGAGGAGAUAGAGUGGAAGUUUGCCGAAUCCAGAGUAAUCGGUCAAGUUCAAUUUAAAGUCAUAGUUUUAAGGACAAAAACACCUGACGGGGAAUUCUUAUUUAGUAAUGAUGAGAGAUUUAAAGACAGACUCCAGCUUGACAAUCAGACCGGAUCUCUGACCAUCACAAACAUGACGACUGAAGACAAUGGACAUUAUAAACUACUGAUCUCCAAAAAAGAGGUUCUGAAGACAUUCAAUGUUGCUGUUAUUAAAAGAGUGUCGACGAUCAAAAGAAGCCAUACUAACUGAUGACAGAAGAAGAGCUCAUAAGGAAACUAGUAUGAAAACAGUACAUAUGAGCAGUGUUGGGGGUAACGCAUUACAAGUAACGUGCAUUACGUAAUAAUAUUACUUUUCUGAAGUAACGAGUAAAGUAACGCAUUACUUUAUAAAUGUACUCAUUAAUAUUUGAGUUACAUUUUAAAAAAAGUAAUGCGAGUUACUUUUCAGUUUAAUUAAUUCAAUUUAAAAAUAAAAUAAUGUACUGAGUUAAACUGAACAUAUUAACAUAGAAUUACACACUCUGUGCGCCUGUGCGGAAACAAUUUGAGUCAGAAACGAAGAUGGCAGGCCAGAGCUUGACAUUUUUGCAAUCAUAAAAAACACCUGCAAGACCUGAAAGAGAUCAAGCCUCAGCCAAGUAAGAAAAAGUAACGCAAAAGUUUCUUAAAAGUAACGUAAGCAUUACUUUCUAUUAAAAGUAACGCAAUUAGUUACGUUUUUGGGGAGUAACUUAAUAUUGUAAUGCGUUACUUUUAAAAGGAACUUUCCCCAACACUGCAUAUGACUGUAAACACAAGCUGUAUUCUUACAAUCUGACAUCAGUUUGGAACAGACUACAGUCUUUAAAGGAUUGUCAGAUUACCGAAUUGUCUUUAUUACUGUCUGGACAUAUACUGAACUGAAUAACCCAUGCAUUCAGUGCAGAGCAGCUCCCACAUUGUAUGAUAAGAGAUGCAAUGAUUUGUCCAUCUCGACUCUGUCUAUAAAACAUUGGGUUACUAAAAAUACAGCUGAGAGUCUUAAAUGUUCUAUUCUGCCCUACAAAAGCAAAUAACUUUAAUGGUGCAUUUACACCAACCAUGGUAGAGUCGGCAAAAAUGAGCUUUUCGCGCGUAGUUGGACGCUUGAACAUUAGAGUUUACUCGCUUCAUUCGCACGUGAAAUUCUAGUCAUUCGAGACAUUCACUCGGAAAUCCACGUCAUGGGAGGGGCUUCUGCGACUCUGCUGAGAUUUCGCUUGCUUCCUGUAAUCACGUCACUACUACAGCAAGGUCCUGAUUGGUUAACGCGGCAAAUCCGGAAAACGCGGAAAUUCACCAAACUUCAGAUUUUUCAACGUGCACGUUUCUCAAUUCAGGCAGACUGCGCCAUCCGCGCCGCAGGAUGCCUAAUCGAUUCUUUGCAUUGACUUAACAAGUAAAUUAUUCGCACUUGCCGCCUCUACUGCGUCUGGUGUGAACCCUGCAUAAGUCGAUAGAGUGUGGAACUGAGAAAAAUUCUUACUGAGAAAAAGUUGUUAGUGACUUUGCUUACAGUUAUUUUCUUCUUGAUGACUGAACAAAAUUGCCUUAACAUACUUAUCCACAUGAUAAAAGAGGUCUUGAAUUAUUAACUUAUUUUUGACCGUUUUCAUUUUUGAAAUCAUUUUUUCAUUUUAUUUUUAAAUUCAUAAAACAUUUUUUAUGAAUUUUAUUUUUAAAUUCAUUAUAAAAUAUUUUUUUAUUCAUACUGUUGACAUACAGUAUGCUAGAGCAGUGGUUCUCAAACUUUUUUGGCAUGCAGCCCCCUUUUGUUUAUGGUGGCCCUUCCUUGUGCUCUUCGUGGCCCCCCAAGAAUAUUUAUGAAAUAAAACAUUCUGAAACAUAAAAAUUUGACUUAAACACAACAUAUUUAAUACACAAUGUAGAGCUUAGUUGGUGAAUAUCCUUAUUUUCCAAGGUUUAUUUUUCCAACACAGAAUUUAUAAAAAAUGAAUGUAUUUUAUAAAAUGCCCUCAGUUUGAGAAUCACUGUGCUAGAGUAUAUAGUGGGAUAUAACAAGAGAUGUGUGUGUCACAUUCAUAUAAAAACUGAAGAAUUUACAUUUCAAGUUUGAGGUUACUGGAGUCUAAAAGCAAAAACUUGUGUUAUUUGUCCUCAGGUGACCUAUCAUUUCAGUAUGUUCAAGUACUGUAUUAACACAAUAUGAGAUCCUUCGUGUUUGUCAGCUUCACCAUCAGCUUUGAUAACUUGUGGUUUUGGUGAAUAUGAUAAACUGUUUGUAGAUUAAAUAUGUAGGAGAGUAUUUUAAACUUUUUUUUACCAGAUUUCAAGAACUAUUAUAUACACUACACUCUAAAAAAACAAACGGUGCUAUAUAGCA